GAUUGUACCCAUCGGUCAUGCUAAUAAAGCACCUUGAAUUGAAUUGAAUUGUUUGGGGAAAAAGCGUGCAGGAAGACCGGGAGAGGGUGAGAGUUUGAGUGAGGCAGAAGAGCAUCCAAAAGACAGGAGGAGAAGACUGUUUAAGAGACUCAGCAACUCGGAAGAGUUUGGGAGAAAUGAAGAAAGAGAAUGAGAAAGCAAAAGUAGGACACAGAAGGGAAAACACGGAGCAGGGGAGAGUGACAAAGACAGAAAGCAAGGGAAAACAAGAGAGGAACAUACUAUUUUGUCCGAAACUGUGAUCAUUGAAGGAGUAUUUCACAUAGGCCUUUUUUCCCACGUUGAGGACUGACUACUGAGAAGAGACGCAGGCAUACCCCGUGCGUGCGUUCUAUAAACACCGCACACAGGAACUGAAACACCCAGGAUGCACCAGCCUCUUGCCUUGUUUCAGUAUGUCAUGUGACCGCGCCGGCCUCAGCGGUUGCCGCGACAAUGGAACUGAUGAGCAGAACGCCUCCACUACCUGUGUCACAGGAAGUCAGCCAGCCUCUUCCUGUAUCAGUGCGCGAGAUGCACAGCCCCAGGCAGAGGAAGAGAAAGUGGGGGUGGGGAGCAGAGAAUGGUGGAAAACAGUGAAAGGGAGUAAGAGAGGGAGGCAUUUCACUUCUUCCAAGCUUUAUUAACAAAAAGUGACAAAUCUGACAUUCCUACCACACUCUUAACAGCACUUAACGUAUCGCAGAAGCUUCAGAGCUUUAAAACUACUGUUGAGUGAUAAAAAAAGUUCAGAUAUAAUACAAAAAAACACUGUACCAAUAGAUAUUUAAAUGAAGUCUGUUAAAUGCUAAAAAAUCUAAUAUUAAGCAAAAUCUAUAAAUUCUCUGAUAAUAGAACCAGAGAGAUAAAAACAGUUUUGUGCUCUGAAAGUCCCACACUGCUUGAUCGAAAGCCCAGAUCAGGCUAAAGGUAUUCAAGUUCUGCAAGGCAGUUAAAGUUGAAGUCCAGGCAGCUCUGUGGACAGAAAGAGACCAGAUUCCUCGGCCAGACUUUCCCAGUCCUAAUGAUCAUCAACAGGAGAGCAGCCAGCAGACAGGUGUCUCAUAGCUCUCUCAAAGUGCAUUGAUAUCCUGUCUCAAGCAAUUUGGAAUCGCCGCUAUAAAUCCCAAGACCGUACACGGGGAAAAUGAGGAAGUGUAAACCGACUCUUCCCACGUGCCCACCUUUCAGCCAAUCAUCUUUUAACGCGUCACAGGAAGCACAGCCCCAUACAGGAGGAUCAAAGCUGAUUGGUGGAAAGGUGGGUUCCUCGCUGAUAACACUGAGAGCCCUAAUGCAUGAUUUGGAGAACCUGGGUCACGAUCAGCUAGUGACAGGACCCAGGUUCGAACCUGCUUUACUGGUUGAGUAACUCAGGAGGCCCCAUUCUGCCCUGGUUGAGGCUGGGGGAGAGGAGGGAGAUGAGGAAGCUAUCAUAUCGUGAGUGAGAAAGCCGCAGUGAGUUCAUACUGGAUUCUGAAUGAGAUUAAGAAAAGGCCAGAAGAAAGGAGGGAGGCAGUGGAUUGAGAGGAAGAGAGAGAAGGGCGAGACAGAGACGGAAAACUGUUCAGACCGGAUGGACUGUUGAAUUGUGUAAUACCUUUGGCCGCAGUGAUGUUAUUAGCUAGGCUGAUAAAAUACCUUUGAAUUGAAGUGAGAUAGAGGGAAGGAGAGAGAGAGGAAAGGGAGCACAAAGACACAGGGUUGAGAGAGCAGGGAGAUGUGGGUGACAGAAUGACGUCUGGCAAUGGAGUACAAAAUUGAUCCCUAUAAAUAUUUGUUUUGUGAUAAAUACCUUUUUUAUAUAUUUCUGUUGAUGAAUGACUUUAUUUUCCUUGCAACCACAUAUCAGAUGCAGCUAAAACCUUUUUAAUUCUCUCUUAGCUUUUCCUUUUAAGCUGCAAACACGAAUUGCUUGGUUGCCACGAUUAGAAAUGAUUGCUAACUGUGAACCCACAAUGCUACAGUGAUUGAUCUGUCCUGCUCAUAAAGGAGUGUUUGGGGGACCGAGCCAGGGAGGAGAAGAGAAUGAGAGAGUGGGUGGAGGAAGAGUGUGAGUGAGAAAGCUGGAGGAGGGCAGAAAGCUCCCGUCUCACCCACGGGUGAUCUCAGGCUGCAGAAAGGAGACAGCAUGGUAGAUACAAAGGGACACAGCUCUGGUUUUGAGUCAGCCCGAGCGCAAAACAGAGGUCUGAAGAUUACUGCCUGGAGAUUUUUCUGCUCUAAUCUGGAGGGUUUGCUGCUUCCGAAGAGGGAGGUGUUAAAAUCCGUGGUCACUAGCCAACUGGCAGAGUGCGUGCCGAGAGGAGAAAGGGAGAGGGCGAUGGAGUGCGAGAAGGGGAGAGGGAAGGAUCUGGAGAGGGCAGCAGGAAGAAGGGGGAGGGAGGGAGGAGGAGAGAGUUCUGGUAGGAUGUGCGGGUGAUCCAAUGACUGACACACCCUCCCACCAGGGAGUUCCCCUGCACACAGACCCACAGGGACGUAUCCACAGACUCCAGGCAGGUAAGCAAGAGAGGAGGCUGCUCAACGCCUCCCACUCGUUUAGAUUGCUAGUAGCUAAUGCCUCUCAUCGGCUUGUGUGGGAACAGGUACAAACGAGAGGCCAUUCGGUCCAUGUGGUCAUUAGUAGCUAAUUGAUCUGAGGAUCUCAUCCACCCUUUUUUGUGAAAGUAGCCAGCGUAUCGGUUUUAACAACACGGCCGGGUGACUUGUUCCAUACUCCCACCACCCUUUGUGUAAAGAUGCAAAGAUGCGCCACCUGAUCCAAUCAGAGGGUCUCAUCCUUCCCUUUCCAGAAAUAAGCCAGGGUAAUGGCUUCAAUAACAUGGCUGGGUAGCUUUCUCCAUACUCCCACCACCCUUUGCGUAAAGAAGUGCCUCCUGUUCCCAAUGCACUUCUCGGUACUUUUCAGUUGUGCUGUGGUUCAUGUUUUACAGCCCCUCCUUGUCUAACAGUGGUCAAGGUGAAGGGGGAUUUCAAAAAGGACCUAGCCAGAAUCAUGCCCCUUCAUACACACAUACCUGGGUUGGGGAAACAUUAACAAGACCCCCCACUUUAAACAAAUGGGGAACAAGGGUCAGUGGAUGGAAUAUGGGUUAUUGAAGGUUUGUGGAGGAGGUGGAUUCAGUUUUCUAACGGACGUGAGUUAGUGGGUUAGGCACUUGGUCAAAGAAAACAGAGAAAGAAUUUAGGAAAAACUCACCACCACCCCCUUAUUCUACAGAACAUCUACCCUGACACUGGGAGACCUGGACCUGAACCAUGUUCCUCUAUCGCACUACCUCUAAAAAAAUAAAGGAAGAAAAAGGCAUUGGGGUGAAUCAGCCGUGAUUCAGUGGAAGUCGUUUUAUGAGAAAUCGGGCUCGUUUUUAAGAAGCCCACAGUUUAAUUACCGGGGAUUUUAUUACGAAAAUCUGCUGCUGCCGCUUGUCCGCCGACUGCUGAUGUCAUCAAAUCACACACACGCGUACACGGGGCGGGGGGGGUAUCCCCAGAGCUCCACGUGCUGGCAGGCCUGGCAAGAGCGAUGACGCCACUAACCAUAUAUGGCUCGCCGACAAAGAGCGCCCGCCGCCAUAUAUGGAAGUUCCGUCCGUGACGUUUUUUCCUUUUGUCAGGGGAAAAGAGGCGGGGCCCAGUGGGCAGGCUGCGCUUAUAAAACUAAGGGCCCGCCCCACCCUCGCCUGUCUUUCACAGCUGUUACACUAAGGAGACAAAGGUCGAGAGGGGAAGACAGCCAGCCUCAUCUGCGUGACAUCAAGUAUACUGUCCUGUACGCUGUCGUAGCUCUUAAAUGGAGGCAUAAACUUAAAUACCGAGUUCAUGAACAGUCCGUAGCAAAACAACCAACGUGAAAAAAAUCACCUCUGCCAUCAGUGGUCCACCACGUCUACAUUAGUGAAGUAAAUAAAAAUAAACUGAAGUAUAUUGAAGGGGAAGGAGGUAUCUUUUCCCCCCAAAAGAAAAAACAGUGAACACUACUUUCCAGAAGAGGAACACGGAUUCGGGGGUCUGUUGUUGUUUUUUUUACCGUUAGUUUGCCCGUGAUGGGAACGACCAACGUGCUGGAUAUUGAGGGCGGCGAGCUGGUCCAUAUUCUGCGGACGCCCCGCGACCACUUCUCGUCCGGCGGGUGCGUGGUGCUGGACUGCCGCCCCUUCCUCUCCUUCUCCCGGGUCCACGUCCGGGACUCCCGCAACGUCAACUGGAACUCCAUGCUGCGGCGGAGGUCGAAGGGGUCGGCGGUGAGCCUGGAGUGGAUCGUCCCGGACAAGGCGCUGCUCGCCCGCCUGCGCGGCGGGGAGUUCUCGCCGGUGGUGGUGCUGGACGAGGACAGCCGGUCCGUGAAGGACCUGAAAGCCGAGAGCCUGGCCAGCAUGCUUCUGAACGCCCUGCACGGCGAGCUGGAGCCGGGCAAAUCUCAGAUCUGCUUUCUGCAAGGGGGAUUCGAGGGGUUCUUCGCCUUGUGCCCGGAGCUCUGUGUCCAUUCCCCGGGUCUCUGCGGCGGUCCUGCCGCGCCCAGAGACGCCGAACCCGGCGUGUCCGGCAGGAGCACCCCGCUGUACGAUCAGGACGGCCCCGUGGAGAUCCUCCCCUUCCUGUACCUGGGCAGCGCCUGGCACUCCUCGCGGCGCGAGGCGCUGGCGGCGCGCGGCAUCACGGCGGUGCUGAACGUCUCCUCCUCGUGCCCCAACCUGUUCGAGGGCGAGCUGCGCUACAAGACGCUGCCCGUGGAGGACAGCCUGGCGGCGGACAUCAGCGCCACCUUCCCCGAGGCCAUCGGCUUCAUCGACUCGGUGAAGGAGAGCGGCGGCCGGGUUCUGGUCCAUUGCCAGGCGGGCAUCUCCCGCUCGGCCACCAUCUGCCUGGCCUACCUCAUCGUGUCGCGCCGCGUGCGCCUGGACGAGGCCUUCGCCUUCGUCAAGCAGCGGCGCGGCGUCAUCUCGCCCAACCUGUCCUUCAUGGGCCAGCUCCUGCAGUUCGAGACCGACGUGCUGUGCCACUGAGCGCGCCCUCCGCCGUCCCUCGCAACGCGGGCACCGGGGAUAGGCAAUGUGACCUCCUCCUCCUCUCUCCUGGGUCUCGUUACCGUCUCCGCGAGGCGCACGGGACAGCACUUCCUUCUCGGUUUCCGGCCCGGACCAGCCCGCUCAUGUCGGUGUCCUGCGGGCAGUUCAGCCGGGAGGGGGGCUGGCGACAGAACAAAGCACUGACUGGCGGGUUUCUGGGAGGCGCGCGGGACUGGACGCGGACUGCUCCGGACGCUGCUGUUGAAGCAGGUUUUCCUGGGAGUCUUCAAGAACGGGGUACCGACGAGGGGAGGUGGGGUGAUGGGUCUUCUCCGGCGACCAGACUGUCCUGUUUUCCCGAGGCCACGCAGACCGCGUGCUGGCGCGCGGGUCAGUCUGCGAUGAGCGCUCGUUCGGGCCCCCGAGAGACAGUGGGCAGCCCUACCAGGAUUCGAACCCGGGCCAUUUCAGUAUCCUGUCCCUGUGGGAAUCUUUUUUUUUUGUUCCGGGGGGGGGGGAGACUUAAAUUAGGGCUGUUUGAAUGCGGGUGGACACGAUUCACAAUUCUCUGAGUUUUUACCAGAAAUCUGGGACUGAAAUGCCCUCGGAAGCUUGAACUGGAGACCACCCGAGCUGUUCAAACUGAGAUACCGGACACAAGUCCUGGCUGCUUUGAGCUGUCUUCCAUUGUUACAUUGACGCCAAUCAGACUGCGAGAAGGCUGUGCUGGGUCUGUCAUCACCCAUGUGCACGCCACAUCACACCCAUCCAAUAGAGUUUGGCUGCCCCUGCCAAUAACACUAACUGCCCCUUUACUACAAAAGAUCUCAAGGAUUUUCCUGCUGGUGCUAGGAUCGUUGCUUUUAUGUAGCCCAGUACAAGAUUUUGUUUUCUGGUUGUACAACGAAUCGCAAAAACAUCAGGGUUGCCUGUGCUGCCGGAUCAGCUAGUCCUGUCUGCGAGCUCGGACCGGUGCCAGUUAUCAUCCUGAGCUGGAUGAGCUGAACAACGAGCUGUGGACCAUAAAAGCAAUAAGUACAAUCAAACAUUCUUGUGCGGUUGGAUGGAGAGAUCGUGGGCACCUUGUUCAUUACUAGAACGGCCUUUUCUUGCCACAUACACACACACACUGCAUUGUUCAGAAAAUGCAUCGGAUGCUACAUUUCAGCUGGGAUCAGUAUAAAAUGGGCAUCUUGCGGGUGGGAAGCAAUAACAAUAUUUUCUAUACAUGCAAUUUCUUUGUUACACUUGAAGAGCUAUGUGUCAUAUUCCCUGGAGUUUCUACAAUGAAAUAAAGCUAAAAGAUGCCGAGGCGUUCAACAUGCCAUAUACAAACUCUAAGACUUCAUCUAAGAAAGAGAACUGCCAUACCCCCAGUCUGGGGCGAGUGAUUUUAUUAUUCUUAUGUAUUUAUUUUUUUAAUUUUGAUUUUAUUGCUCUGUGCAAAUCGGUAUACGUCGCUGCGAUUUCUGUGUAAUUGCACUGCACUUUAUUUCGACCUGAAUUCUUGUUUAUAUUGGUUCUCCUACCUUUUUAUACACAUUAAAAGAAAGUAUUUAAAUAUGAAA